AUGUCCUGGGACGAUGAUGAAUUUGAUGUAACUGCUAACAACAAUGGCGCCGCGGCUUCUUGGGAGGAUGAAGAAAACGACGAUCCAUUGUUGGAGUCAUGGGAUAUCGACGAGGAAGAAGUAGCCAAAAAGAAGAAAGAAGAAGAAGAAAAAAAGAAAGCAGAAAAGGAAGCUUUGAGAAAAAAACAAGAGGAGCAGAAAGCUAAAAAGUUGGCAAAGAAGAAGGGAGACAUUCCACUUAUGGAAAUUGACACGCUUGAUGAAAAAACCAGACAAGAAAUAUUGAAGAAAGCCCAACUUGAAGCAGAUUUGAACAAUGCAGCAGACUUGUUUGGAGGACUAGGCGUCGCCGAUGAUGUGGAUAUUAAUGAGCAUCCGAGAGAAAGGGCAGCCAAGGCAGCAGCAGCAGCAGCAGCACAAAGACCUCAACUCGUUUUGACCCAAGAUACGCCGCUUGAAACACAUCCCUUAUUCCAGCCUACUAGUAAAGCAGAGUAUGAAAAGCUUAGAAAAAUCCUUGCUCCAACUCUUACAAACUUAGCUAAGGAUUCUCCUUUGAACUACAGUUCUGGGUUAGCAGUUGAUUUAAUUAGAGAUCUUUCACAGCCUUUAUCUCUCGAGAGCCUUAGAAAGGUUGUGUCUACUUUAAAUGUUGUCAUGAAGGAAAAAGAAAAGUUGGAAAGGCAAGCCAGAUUAAAGAAGGCUGGGGGAACUGCCACAGGUGGUGCUGGUAAGAAGAAGGCAAAGCCUGCGGUUCAGACUAACGUAGAUACUUACAAAAAGGAUUUCGACUAUGAUGAUAAGUACGAUGAUUUCGAUGAUGAUGACUUCAUGUGA